AUGGGACUAAGAACUCUUCCCUUGUCACCUUCACAAAAUUGUUUCCCUCCUCAUGUAGGUGUUACACCUCAGAACUUGUCUAACCAUAGGCCCAACAAGAGCUCAAACUUCAGAAUUUCAGCUAAAACGGAGAGCAGUGACGAGGAAGAGGCCAAGAAGAGCAAGCAGUCUUUGUUUAGCAGUUUAACUGAAGCUCUAGAUUUCUCUCAAGUUCGGUCUGAGAAAGAUGCCGAACUUCUAGACGAGGCUAGAGAAAACACCCGGUCUGGUGGCAGAAUGACAAGGGAACAGUAUGGUGCUCUUAGAAGAAAAAUUGGAGGGACAUACAAGGAUUUCUUUAAAUCCUACAUUGAGGUGGAUGGGCAAUACGUUGAAGAAGGUUGGGUUGACAAAACAUGCAAGGUCUGUAAGAAAGAUACUAGAGGUGAGCCAAGGCAGGUGGACAAGUUGGGAAGAUAUGUUCAUGUAGCAUGCCUGGAGAAGGCCAACUCCGGGAACUUUUUCACAAGACUUUUCUCGAGAUGA